CACAUGGUAGUCACGCCGCAGUCGUCGAGGUUCAAACGUCAUUCACCCGUUGCGUACUUAAAACAUCGUACACGAACCGCGAUGUUUUCCCACGUACUCUACCAUUGAAUCAACCACUUGACGAUUUUAUCGAAAUGGCGGUCAUACCAUUUCACGUAAAGGCGUAAAUUAUUUUCGGAUGUUUUUCGGUAGUAAGUGAUCCCUAGCAAAUUCACCGGUUCUACAAUCAAUUUGCAUACAAUUUUCAAGAGUGCGAUUAGUUCAAAUGGCUUAGAGAACACCCCGACGUCCACGAUGAAGUCUAAUCGGUUACCAGACAUAAUGUCUUGAAGAUUUCAAAUGAAACCCAUAAUGAUCAGAGACUGGGCUAUGAAUUCGUUUAACACUGACAACAGUCUAUCAGACAUAAACAAUAGCUUGUUAGAAGUCCAUCUCCAAAAGAAUACGUCUGCAAUCACUAACGAGCACGACUGGCAAAACGAAUUGAAUACAGAACUUUUUCAAGGAUAUUCACCAGCCCUGUUAACAUUCGCAAGCGUAUGUUGUAUAAUAUACAUGAUGGUUGGUGUUCCCGGUAAUCUUAUCACCAUCAUUGCUUUGUUCAGAUGCAAAAAGAGCGACUACAGAAUUGUACAGUUGGGUCGAUAAAAUUUGUCUUCUCAACCCGAUACGUUCCGGGGAUUUUUAUAAUAAAAUCGUGGCUUUUGCGGGACGACGACUUUAACAGUAUCAAAUGCCAAACGGAGACGCAGCCGCGAUUUAUGAUUUACCAAAUCGUUUUUCAUAUAUACGUCUUAAAACCAAUAAAAACUUUUCAGCGCGAUCUUCCGCUUCCUAUCUCAUCGACCAGAGUUUAUUUAUUUACCAACUUAUUUCAAACAAAUAUCAUUCAAUCCUAAUGUAUGGCCAGCGUAAACCUCAAUAAUAAUACGUCAUAUUAGUGUAUUCGCGACACACACACGCAAAUAUGCACAAAUCGUAGACAAUCGUUUUUAUAUUGUUAGUUGUAGAAGUGGUUUCCUCAACCUCGUGUAAACCUAAUUAAAAAUAUCU